GGGGCCCAGUCGUCACAGUCAAUAUUCAGCAGUCCAAGCAAACGGACGUACAAUCCAAGAGAAAGAACUCAGAGAACUCUAAGCAGAAAGUGGAAUAAUAUUAGAGGCGAUAGCAGAAGAUUAGCGCUAACUUCCGUACUUAAAUAACGUUCCUCGCCCCAAAAGCCCAAAAAACCCUAAAGAUGUCCGCUCGCCGCGUCACCCUCAACACACGCGUCUCGCGCGCCUCCACCUCCACGCCGGUGGGUGGAGCAUCCACCUCCUCGCGCUUGGGGGCCACAAGCCCCACUUCGCCCACGCGCACCACUCGCAUCCAGGAGAAGGAGGAGCUGCAGCACCUGAACGAUCGCCUGGCCUGCUACAUCGAUCGCAUGCGCAACCUGGAGAAUGAGAACAGUCGCCUCACACAGGAGCUGCAUCUCUCGCAGGACACCGUCAACAGGGAGACCUCCAAUCUGAAGGCCGUCUACGAGAAGGAGCUGGCCGCCGCCCGCAAGCUGCUCGAUGAAACGGCCAAGGAGAAGGCCAAACUGGAGAUCGAUAUCAAGCGCUUGUGGGAGGAGAACGACGACUUGAAGCCCAGACUCGAGAAGAAGACGAAGGAGGCCAAUGUGGCGGAGAACAAUGCCCGCCUGUACGAAUCUCGCUACAACGAAGUGAACGGCAAAUACAACCAGGCCCUGGCCGAUCGCAAGAAGUUCGAGGAUCAGGCGAAGGAGCUUGCUCUCGAGAAUGAACGCCUGCGUCGCCAGUUGGACGAUCUGCGCAAGCAGCUGGAGGCCGAGACGCUCGCCAGGGUCGACCUGGAGAACCAGAACCAGAGCCUGCGCGAGGAGCUGGCCUUCAAGGAUCAGGUGCACUCGCAGGAGCUGACCGAGACGCGGUCACGUCGCCAGAUCGAGAUCAGCGAGAUCGACGGCCGUCUGUCGCGCCAGUACGAGGCUAAGCUGCAGCAAUCCCUCCAGGAGCUGCGCGACCAGUACGAGGGCCAGAUGCGCGUCAAUCGCGAGGAGAUCGAACAGCUGUACGACAACGAGAUCCAGAACCUGAAGGCCGCCGUCUCCAGGGCUGCCCAGGGAUCGGCCCAUGCCACCGAGGAGGUUCGUCUGAUGCGCACCAAGAUCGACGGCCUCAAUGGCAAGCUGCAGGACCUGGAGACCACCAAUGCUGGUCUCAAUGCUCGCAUCAGGGAGCUGGAGAACCUCCUGGACACGGAGAGGCAGCGCCACAACCAGUACAUCGCCUCGCUGGAGGCCGAGCUGCAGCGCAUGCGCGACGAGAUGGCCCACCAGCUGCAGGAGUACCAGGAUCUGAUGGACAUCAAGGUGUCCCUGGACCUGGAGAUCGCCGCCUACGACAAGUUGCUGUGCGGCGAGGAGCGUCGCCUGAACAUCGAGUCCCCCGGCCGCACCGGCACCGACUCGGGCAUCUCCAGCAGCAAUGGCACCCAUCUGAGUGCCAGCGGUGGCUCGCGAUCGGGACGCGUCACACCCAGCGGCCGUCGCUCGGCCACGCCUGGCAUCUCCGGCUCGAGUGCCGUCAAGCGGCGCCGCACGGUGAUCGACGAGAGCGAGGACCGGACACUGUCCGAGUACUCGGUCAAUGCCGCCGCCAAGGGUGACCUGGAGAUCAUCGAGGCCGAUGUCGAGGGACGGUUCAUCAAGCUGCACAACAAGGGCACCGAGGAGAUCAAUCUCACCGGCUGGCAGCUGACCCGCAUCGCCGGGGACGAGGAGCUGGCCUUCAAGUUCUCGCGCGGCUCGAAGGUGCUGGGUGGGGCCAGUGUCACCAUUUGGUCGGUGGAUGCCGGCACCGCCCACGAUCCCCCCAACAAUCUGGUGAUGAAGAAGAAGUGGCCGGUGGCCACCUCGAUGCGCUCCGUCCUGGCCAACGCCGACAAAGAGGAUGUUGCCAGCUACGACCGUGUCCGUGCUAACGUUUCCAGCCACGUCUCGCGGCACCGCAGCAGUGGGACGCCGAGCACAGGGUUUACCCUCGGUUCCGGAGCUGGCUCCACUGGCGUAAGAAGUCUCUUCUCCCUGCUCUUCUAAAAAGAAAACAAAAAUGGAACUCGAAUCGGAUUGGAUCUGUCCACAGCUGCAGCUCCAACUCAAACCCCACACUCACCGCAGAGACUCACAGACUUCGGAGACCACCCCAAACAACAACAACAAAAACAACAGAAGCAGAAGCAGAAGCAGAGACGGAGAAGAGAAGCAUCCCCCACCACAUUGCCACCACCACAUUCAUCCACACACACAGAUCUAAAAGAGAGAUCUGACAAUGGAAUAGAAAGAAAACUGCUUGACAUGCAUAUCAGAAAUGUACAACAACAAAAAUUAAACUUGGCCUGGCCUGGCCCCCACUG